UGUUGCGUUAUCUACACGAGGUUUGACUUGCGCGUAUCAAUCUUGGUUGCAUGACGGAACGCCUUGAAUUGAUCUUUCAUUUCCGCAGUCUUGUCAUCAAAUAAAACCUUUGGCUAGCACCGUUGCCAAAUACUGGCCAAAUUUCAAUUUUUACCGACAGCUGUUCGCGAUGCGCUGAGGAUACAUGCAUGAGGAAACGAGUGCAAGCAUCGCAAUGUUGCUCACAUUGCUAAAUUAGUUCCCAAUUGCACAGUUAGAAUACUGCAUCAACUUUUCCUAGCGCCUCUUGAUCUACACGGAACGAUGUCAAAAUUUCAUUGUGCUUACAGUCUCAUCACAUUACAACUACAGCAACUUUAUUGGAGUUGUCUUACUACGAUGGGGAGAGGGGGGAUAUUUGCAAUACAGUCGGCGUACAGCGGCGGCCUUUGCAUCGAGCAGAAAGUGAGAUGCGCUACCGGCAUCUCACUGCGUUAAGCGGAACUAGUUAUUGGCCGUUAAGGUUUUGUAAAACGCGAAAUAGAAAAUGCUAACACGAAAAGGUGACUGAGGUUACACGGAAGAAAUAACAGUGCGUUUGAGCGGCUAGCUUCUUAAUGUAGCGCAGUGCUCUGCUCCGCGCAGGGCUCUGCUUGGCCACAGAACAAUGUUUACAACCUCCAAGCCCACUUCCCGUGUCUGCAUUUGGGCUUGAAAUGCCGCGCUAAAAAAAAAAAAAAAAAAAAAAAAAAAAAAAAAAAAAAAAAAAAAAAGACGUUUCAGAGUAUUCCGACUUCGGUCUUUUGCCGAGUAAUCAUGAGGUUCUUUCUUUCCUUCUUUCUUUCUUUCUCUUUCUUUCUUUUUUUUUCUUUCUCGCCUACGCUCGAAAUGCGACGUCCUCUGACACUUCUUCUUCCACUGACAAUCCCAUCUAUGACGUUGUCAUUUUUGGUACACUUGUGACGGGGCCUGGGGCUGCACACGAUACGAGGUCUGUCCGAGUGACCGGCGAGAAACGUCGCGUGACCACCGCUGACCGGCGCGGCUUCGAAUUACGUGCGGACUCCCAAGAAGGAGAAAAAGAAAGCAAGCUGUCAGAAAGAUAGUAGACAAGCGGAGACAGCUCGCACUGCAAGGGAACGAAAAAAAAACGAAAAAAAGAAACCAGGAGAGCUAAGAGAACUGCAUAGGGUGACGACAGAGUGGCGGGCGAUGGGAGAGCGCGAACAGCGGUAUAUGUACAGGCGACGUAGGGACGAGACGACAUUCGGCACUUCCACACCAUUGACGAUGCUUCCGCGCCUCGUGGUUUCGGGUUUCCGCCGGGAAGAGACAAAAAAAGAUCAUUAUUCUAAGUUAUCCCCGUCAGUAUACCGAAGCUACAGCGCUCUGAGAUUGCAGACUUUCGCCUUCGUACUUUUGUAAAUUUUCUUUUGUCUUUCGUUUCGCGUGGCAUCGCUCAACGCCAAGACGCGCGAAUGUCAACCGUCGCCAGAGAUAAUAAAGAUGGCAAUUUUCGGAAGCUCCAACCGUUGUGAAGGAUACGGCGAAACGCGAGGACCCGUAGAUCUUUGUUCAUUGAUGCGCCAUCACCGCAACAAUUUCUCAUCCCUAUUGGACCCCCAAGGGAAGGAAAAAUAGGCGAUGCUCAGAGUUAAGGCAGUCCACGCUUACUUCUUGGAAAGAUAACCCGGGACUUUUCCCAGGUAGACCGGCUAUGCCGUUUAUCAUUGUGUUGUGUUUAGUUGGCCACUUCGCGAAAAAGUUGGGCGCUCUUAGUAUGCUGUUGUUCGACCGAAAGCUGUGAGGGUUCAGGCGUAGAAACGCGAGAUGUAAAUUCUUAGUCUCGCUCCACGUAGCCUCCCACAUAGUGAGUGGAACGUUCUCACGAAUAACUCGCGUUUACUUAGUGGAAGAACGAUACAUAGUAAGCAGAUAGAAUGAAUAUUCAUCAAACUGAAGAGCUGAUGCUCAAAAAAACAUUUAUUCAACAUAGGAUCAUCAAUUUUUUUUCUCAAAAAUACGUUUCACUUAGCAUACCUCAAGUUGAACGAGAUUAAGGGUCUAUGAAGAGCUUGUGUUGGAGCCGACAGACGCGUUAUAAACGUGGCACAAAACAAACGAAGCGCUCGUCUGUGUCUGUCAGCGCCAACACAAGCUCACCGGGAAAGCCCAACUCGCUCAAAUCACCAACUCUGACGGGAUUAAAUUAAAAAAUUAACACUUCUGAAUUUGACUCCGCUAACCGAUUGAUAUCGUAUGCAACGGGAGCAGUAACAAUAUUCACGUCCGCAGUUAUAUUAAGCGCUAAAAGAGGCUUGUGUACUUUCUUGCGAGGUCGUCUUCACGUACACUGUGGAAAUUGGUCAGGAAUGCGUUUAUGCGCCACGAGACAGUACCAGUAUACGUCGGCAAUGGAGCACGCGCUGCUAACUCGCGUUUUCUUUUCAUUCUUUUUUUUUUUUGAUAUCGGAAGCAGGAAGAAAACCUUCCGACACUUUUCACUGCAGUAACGUGUACUUAUUUAUUUAUGUUUUUGCCAAUAUUGUGACUUUCCAAUAUUGUGACUUUUCAUACUCAUGGACAAACCGUGUGAUAUUUAUUUUCUCCUGUUCUCUCCUUGCUUUUCACCAAGUACCUUUCGUGUUCCCUUUCUUUCUUUAUUUUUGUUGCUUUUGAAAGGCGGGCUGUUCUUGCAUUCGUUCAUGCCAUUUAACCCCACCCCAUUACUCAUUAGGUUACCUUAUUACUUAGCGAUUCCUUUCGAUCACUUUGAGAUCAGCGCCCUUCCAACUUUCAUACACCCGUUCUUUCAACCACCGAGGUGGCAGCAAAACGGUCAUAUGCAUCAGCUGCGUUGAGGCUCGCGCGUUCCUUCGAUCUCUCGCUAGCUCGCCCUCGUGUAUCGCGUGCCCACGCCCCGAUCUGCGCGCGCCUCCAGCCUGUCAGCCUUCGUUUCGCCCGUCUCGACGAACCGCACUUCGCUUCUGCUGACGCGGCAACGCAGUCAUGAGCGAGGAGCCAGCGAAGACCGAUUCGAAGGCGCCCCACGCCGGCGAGGGAACCAAGAGCGUCGAGCACGCCACGACGGAACCGCCCAGCGAUCACGGCGCCGCAGAAGCCAGCGCCGAGCGUGCUGUCUCCGAGACGGGAGCCGAGCGCGCCGGGAAGACGACGAGCGUCGAGCGCACAGGAUCCGAGAUCCGCGCCGAGCGCGACAGCAAGAAGUCGAUCGGCGAGCGCGACGCAUCGACAAGGAGAGGCAAGCAGGGUGGCGGAAAGCCGAGUGUCGAGCACACGGCAUCCGAGAUCCGCGCCGAGCGCGACAGCAAGAAGUCGAGCGGCGAGCGCGACGCAUCGAAACAGAGAAGCAAGCACGGCGGCGGAACGCCGAGCGCUGAGCGGCCCAAGGCCGAGCCCGAGGCGAGCAGCAGACGCGACCUCAAGGUGGAACCGAGCGCCGCGGUGGGCGCUGCGGUCGCGCCGCAUCUGCCCGCCUCGGUCGACGGCACCGUUUCCGGAGGCAGCAGGGGCAGGCUGAUCGAGAUCGCCGCGUUCGCGACGGUGGUCGUCGUUGUCGCCCUGAUCGCCGCCGCCAUGUUCAACUCGGCGUACGGCCGCGUCCCCAAGGCGACGGGGCAGCACACAGAGGACGACCCGCUCCAGACGGCCAUCUACCGGCGCGGCCGCUCAUGGCACGGGUACGGGCCGCAGCUCCUGGUUUGCACGCUGGGAGAACGCCGCAGUGUCGCCUCCCCGGAGUCGCUGCCGCCGGACGGCCUGUGCGACCUGGUCUUGUACACGCAUGUGGAGUCGCUCGGCGCCGACUUCGACGAGGGGGCGUCGGCCAACCUGCGAGCUCUGUGGACCCGCGCGAGCACGGCCGUCAAAACCAGAUUCGGCUACUCGUUCUCCGAUUCGCUGCUGCCAGUCGACGAACGACAGCUCGGGGCGUUCGUCCGAAAGGCGGUCGACGACAAGGGGAUCACAGCGUUGGGAAUGCUCGACGCUCGCCAGGACGGCGACGUCGGCAACGCCUCGUACGCGACGUUCGCCGCGGCGCUAAACUCGACGGCCAGGCAGCUGUCCAAGGGCAAACGGGUGGCGCUGGUCUACGGAAUCCGCGUCGAUUUCGACACGGGCACGCGCGGGGUCGAGUUCUGGCACUGGCACGCCGCCAUACUGGAACACGCCCACGUCCUCGUCUACCAGGCGCACUUCGUCCUGCCGGUGCAGAACAACAGCGCAAAAGCGAAGUGCAGGGUCAGGUUCCCGUCGCCGAGGUUCAAGCAGGUCAAAAAGAAGGACAAGACGAUGCAGGACGGCGUGGCGGCAAUCGACACGGCGCUGCACUUUCGGCAGCCCAGUCUCACCACCGACAUCUGCCUCUCGAUCGCGCUCAGCGUCCACCGGUUCUCGCUAGAGAGGGCCCCCUCCGAGGGCAAGGAGCUGGGCGCCAAAUGCGUGAGCGCUUCGGCCGUCGCGUACGGCGACGUCUGCGCCAAUGGCACCGGCGUCGUCGCGCAGGGCCACAACCUCACGUCCAUCGACGUCGCCGAACGGACGCUAAAGGUUGCCGGCGAAGGCGUGCUUGUCAAUCGCAAGGAGGACAAGCUGUUGGACACGUUCGACGACGUCGAGACCCUGGCCCAGAAGCUGCGCACGGCCAAGCUGGCGCUGUCCCUGUCUGCCCAGCCGCACUGGUCCUUCUGCCUGGCCGCCUUCAACGUGGAGCACGCGGACAGCGAGGGGGCGUGCGGCGGGCACGGCUUCGAGAGGCUAACCGUCGCCAGAAGCUUCCUGCACGGCAAGCUGAGGUGGCACAAUGACUGACCGUCGUCUCCUCUCCCUUGCCGCCCCUCCCCCUCCCGACGGAUAUUAUUAAAAGCGACCUUCGCAAACAAUUCUUGUCACGUGGUGCGAGAGACGCGCCAUUUUAUUCGAUUUGUAUAGGAAAUAUUUGCGCAGUGGUUUGCAAAGAUGGAAGAGAACGAAAAAGGAAACGAAAGAAUAUUGAUUUCUAUAAGAUGUUGAUCUCAACU